UUUUUAAAAAGCGGCGGUAGCUCGCUCGAGCACCUUCAAUAUUCAAUAGCAGUCACACUUUAUCGUAUUUUUUUUUCCUGUACAGCUGCAAUAUGUAAGUGAAAAACUUUCAUUAACACCGAAUCCAAGUACCUGGAAGCGUCUCACCGCAAAUAAAUGCGUAUUAUAAAUAAUCUUGACUUAUUUUGUUACACUGGCGUAGUUAGUUUCAAGUGAAUCAGCUAGCUAUGUCAGUGGAAGCUAACACGUUGCAUCAUGACAAGUUUUAAUGCCUGUUAACCAACUAGCAUUAUGUAUGAUAAUCAACUGUCUCGUCUUUGCUGUCUUUCAAGCUGACUGGUAGACGUUCAAUGAUAUCAUGGUUUGUUUGUUUGUUCUUGUAUUUUUAGAAGGAUCCUGCUGUUUCCUGCUAAGCUGUAAGCUCUCUCCCUGCUCCAGGAUCAUGAGGGAUCGGCAGCAUGCAGAAGAGCAGGGUCUUCUGGGUUUACUGUGUCCUGGUCAGAAGAAGUUGGAGGGGAAGACUUUCUACCUGGACAGUGUGAAGAAACGUGCCACUGCCCUGCUUUUGGAGGCCAUAUCUCUCCUUGGAGGGGUAGGCUUAUUGAAAGAUAAAUGCACUGUGUGAGCUGGUAGAUAUCUUGCUUUGAUCAGUGGUUGCUGAUGUUGGCUGGGUUUUGAUCCUGGCAGUGGCAUAUAGAUGUGAAUGUAAUCAACAGAGCAAAUUAAAACACAAGUACAGGCAUUGGGUAAAUUGUCUCUCUUUUAAAGUGGGUAAAAGAAAAUACUGUAAAGCCCUCACAAUAUCCCUGGUAAUUUCAGCAAAUCUUGGAUUUAACAAGCUGCUCUAGUAGCAACCAUUCGAGACAUCAUUAAAUUCAAGUAAAAUUUGGGGAAAAGACACAUCUGACUGUAUACUUUUUUCUUCCUUUUUUUUUGUAAUCCUAAGAGAGUCGAAAGUUUCCUGCACAGAGAUGUUAGCUUUGUUGUGACGGGGAGCCAAGAGGGCCUGAGUGAGCAGAAGUGCACUAAAGAUGGGGCAAAGGAGACAAGUGGAGAGGCACCAAGUUCCAUAAUGACACGAGAGAAUGUUACCAGCAAUGGCAAACAGCGACCAGGAACUCCCAGAUCGAUGGUAUUAAACUUCACACACUCAUGUGCGAUGAAAAAGAUGUUUGUAUGGAAAAUAUGAUAUUUUCAAGUAAACCAAUGUCCUUUUUUUAAGAAGUGUAUUUUUGUUUUUCCUUUAAAGUUAUUGAAUUUUGAAAUUGCUUUAAAUCAGUUCUUGUUUUUUUUUUUUUUUUUUCUCAGGUUUGUGGCAGUCGUGGGAAGGCCCUGCUUGAAAAAGCUAUUCGCAACAAUGUAAGUCACUUCAUGUCAGAUUUAUCAGUUUAAUAUCCAGAUGAUUUAGUAGGAUAAUUUACCCAAGAUUGGCAUGGUUUGUUAUCUUUGAUGUUAUUUGCUUUCAUGUAGGAACGACUUCUGGGGAACAGUGUUUUGGCAAAUGCCCGAUCUUGGGGAGUGAAGAUUCUGUAUGCGGAUGGUAUCCUUUUGGCUACUCAUGGGAACUCAUUUGAUGCAAAGGUCUUCCCCGCUUUUCUUGUUUACAUCUGUUAAGCAGUGACUCUCUGCUAACAGCAGAUGGCACCAGGUGAGUGCUUUUGUUUGCCCUGCUAUGUUUCAUCCAACAGUUACAAACUGAAGAAAUCUGGUAAAUCUGCAUCAAAAUAUCACCUUCUUAACCACAUAGCAGUAUGCAACGGUCUUGUAAGUCGUCCUUAACAUUGAACCAGAUGUACUUUUGUACUUAAAACUGCUAAUGCGAGAGAGCAUCAGCGCUGUACCCAAGAGACUUGAGGUAAGGUGCCUGUAUGCUUUACUGUAAAUGAGGCUUUUUUUUGUUUUUUUAAGGCGUGAAAGGUUGUGAUUUAAAUGCAUUAAUAGCUCUCAGGGUGUUUUUUUUUUUUUGUUUUUUUUUUAAAGCAACAAUCUUUGAAGUAUAUUUUACACCAGUCUUUUCUCUUCAAUAUAAAUGACACUUAAUGAGACAAACUUUUAUUUGUUUUUACAGAAGACUCAAGCUAAACAAGGUGUUCACAUUGUCAAAGGUUAGUUUUUGUUCAUGUACUGGAAAUGACUUAUUUCCCAUCAACACCAUAUCUUUGUAGAUAUUAUUAACUAAAUUAAUUGGGUGUCAUUCCUCUUAUGUCCAUAGCUGCAGCUCUGAGGUCUCCAUAUCUUAAAAUCGAAGACCUGAGCAGGUAUGUUUCAUUUCUCUUGUGUGCAGUCUGUUUUGCUCACUAACAGAACCUCUAUAUUACAACAAAAAACAUACAGCAUUCAAUAGUGCAAUGGUUCUGUACAUGCAAGCCCUAGACAGUGAUUACUUGCCAUACUACAUGGUCCCAGUGGGCCCAAAAAGCAAAACACAGCAAAGAGAGGAGUCUGUAGAGAGUUGUUGGUAAGAGGACAGGUAAUGCAAGGCCAGGGAAGGAGGCCUGUUUGGAUUACAGCUUAACCUGCCUGGUUAAGCAGUUGCCUUGCUUUUUCUUCAUUACACCUAUGAGGCAUUAGAGAAGAGGGGGAGGACUUAAGGAGGUAACCAAUCUUCUACUCUUGCUUUGGACUCCGACCAAAAUAUCAUUAUGGAAAUCCUUACCUUUUUAAGUUACUAUAAAGUGAACUUAUCUGAAAAUAGUUGCUCAAUUUAACAACCAGUAGUUGACAUUUAAAGUCUUGGGUUUGGUCAUGUGGUGUAAACACUAUCUUGUCAUUCUGGUUUUGCGCUCUACCAAAUCCUGAGGGUACUGUCCAAACAUGAUGAUUUUAUGUACUAGCUGUUUGGUGAUGAGUAAGUAGUUGACCGUGGGUUUUUAGGCUGAUGAUUGAAACAGCUGCCUUGUGCUGCCUGAAAAAGACACUUUGAGUGUGAUGAGAGAAAACAGAAACAUUAAAUUGACUAUGUAACCAUAAAGGUUUUCCAUAUUGACUUAUUGUAUUAAUGUUCAGGAACCCCUUUUAAAUUCCAGGUUCAGGUUGUUUAGUAUCCGGUUUGGUCAUCAAGUACAGUGACAGUGAUACAACAAUGGCUGCCAGUGACCUGCCCUCUGUUUCUGCCCUUCCUACCCCACUGGGUGCCAGUUCUGGAGGUUUACAUUUCAGCCCAGAUGAUUUUCUUAAUUGAACUUGCAAGGGAGUACCAUCAUGUUACGUGACAAGCCGCCCCCCUCGAGUGGAAUCGCUCCCCAGGAGUCCAGACCUCAGGAGGAUAUGGUUUCUAUUCGAUGGGGCUUUGCAAGCUCCACUGCCUCUUCCUGUGGGGGAUCUCCAUGUGUGAACAGCUCUUUUCAUUUGCCUUCUCAUUUCAGUUAAUUGAAGUGCUCUGCCUAAUGUCGAAGGCCAUCACUGUGAGAAACUGAACCCAAGACCUCUGAAACAUUUGAAUAUAGGCCUGGCUGGUGUUCAUCUCCGAUGUCCAGUGUCAAAUUCAGUUUAAGAUGCAAAGUCAUCAUUAAUAUAUUCACAUCUAUCUCUCUUUCUUCUUACUUCAUAUAUACGUUAAUGUGUUGGAUUUUGCUUUUUUCUUAUAACUUUUGUUGCUGUAGCAUUUUAUUUCAUAACCAUGUGUUUGUUGUAAUGUCUUCUAAACAGGAAAUACAGACCCCUGCAUAUGCAGUCUAUGACCUUUCCAACACUGUGGUACUCUGGACGAUAUAGUCCCUUUGAAUCUCCACCUCCUCUCUUUGACAAACCAACAGAGCAAGGACACAGUAAAGCAAGGUUUGUUUGGCAGUAUUUGAAUCACAGACGACUGAUUUGCCAGUUUAAAUUCAAGUAUCAAACAUAACAUAACAUAAACUCCAGUCCAGACUAUAAAAAGUUAUUUUUCAAUAAUAGUGGUUUGUUCUUUGAACAGAGAGAAGAAAAAGGUUGAAAGUAGCAUUCAGGAAAAAUCUCAAACCCCACUCAGCUGCAGCCCUUCACCGUGGCGGCCACGUAAAAAGGACCGGUCAUACUGUGAAUGCUGUCAUCAGCCCUUUAAUAACCUGGAGGAGGUAGAAAUCUCUUAGGUCAUAUGACUUUAUUUUAUGAUGCUUGCUUGUGUUUACACCUGACUUGCUAUCCUUGUUUGGCUUUGCAGCACUUGCAGUCUGAUCAGCACCGUGCGUUUGUGCUGGAUCUCUCAAACUAUAGUAUACUGGACCAGCUUGUGGCUGAAAUGCUGCCAGGAUUCACCCAUGCCUCAUCUCAUCAACUAGAGGAAACAGGGGACCAGUGAGUAUACAUGAUAGAAAAAUUUCCUAAAAUUUGAAGUUCCUUUUUCAUUGAAUCACGUCGAUUUUUUCCAGUUUAAAUGACUGUUUUUAUUGAUUUUCUUUUUCCUCACAUAGUCCUUUGCCUAUGGAGGAUGUCUGUGAACUAGAGCCUCUCACUGAUGUUGAGACCGAGCAGGCUGUUAAGGCCCUGCAGUCAUUCAGCGCUCACACCUUCGACCCCUCGACAGGAAUUCAGUCACUCAUACCUGCUUUCAUCCAGUCUCCCACUACUCAGGCAGACUGUGUGCUUCCUCUCAGUCCAGCCAUGCCUGUGCUCGACGUCGAACCACAAAGCCACCACUUAGCCGGACAGCAGCCUGCCACUCAUCAUCUGCCCCCCUGCUUGUCUGUGGACCCUUACUCUCUUCCUCCAGUUCUUAGCCCACAAAUUUCUUACUCCUCUCCUGAGAUGGAGCCACACAGCCCAUACUCAGAGCCUCCUGUCCUCAGUCCUCAGUGGUUUACUAAGGACAAUGCUGUGGAGGGACAGGCUUGUGAAAUGGACACUGAAAGCGUGUCUCAUUUUGUCUCAGCUGAUACACCCCCUGUCUCUAACCUGCUUCUCCCCUCCAUGGCCCUGACAGAUACAGAAGAAAUAAAAGGAUCAAACCAAGAGUCUCUUUUGGGAUUAAGUGAGAACAUACAUGCAAGGCAAGAUUGGGAUUGCGCAAUCUCGUUUUCAUCUCAUUCCCUCCCUCAACAGUCAGCAACGACAACAAACCCCAAAAAGCGCUGGAGAUCAGGCAGUUCUGAAUACAGUCAAAGCAAAAGGAGGAGGAUUGCAGAAAAAGAAUGUAAAUCUGAAGAAACGGAAAGAGACAUUAUUGCCAAACCUCAGGACUGGUUAUUAUUUAACAAGAUCACCUGUCCGCCCUUACAGUCCCCCUCUCACCAAAAACUACCUUCAGUAUGCCCUAGUCAAACGCACGCUUCAAAACAGUCUUUUGCUACGUUUUCUAUUCCUGCUGUACAGAAUUUCUCUGUUGCAUCAAAUCAACUGGACAUUUUGGGUCAGAGUACCACUGGUGUUGUUAAUCAACCAUCGUGUCUCUUAAAAUCACAGACUUUGGAUCCUCAGCUUCACUCCCCUACUGGUAUACCUUUAUCGAGUCAAGACUCUCAGCGCUCACUAUCCCUCUCCACCUCAGUGUGCAUUGAGCCGGCCCUUAUCCCUGACGUAGCCACGCUCUGUCCGUCAUCAUCAGACUCAGACUGGGACUGUGACUUGCUGUCUAGGCUGGGGGCGACAUCAACCGCUCCUCUGUCUCCCACCACACAGAACCCCGAGCUCGACAAAGAUCUCCUCCACACGCCGUGCACCUGGAUGCACGACACCAGCUAUGAGUCACACCUGCACAAUGCUCUACAACCAUCCAACACGGCAGCCUCACUGUGUGGAGAGGAAAUAGACCCCACUGCAUUUUCCAGGACUGUGGUGCAGAUUGUUGAGGUUCAGCACUGACUUCUCCUUUGUUUGGAUUGUUAAAAAGAACAAUCAUACAAAGUUUUUGACUUUGAAUCGACAAAGAGCUUAAGAUAAGGCGAUGAAUUGUACACUUAAUAAAUAUUAAAAACUUUGUGCAAACUAGAGUGUAAUAAUUAGCUAUAUUUAGAGAGACAGAUUGUUAACCAUAGUUUUAUUUUUUUAUAGACGUUACUGAGUGGAUGCUGCAACUUCAAAUGAGUUUAAAGUGUGCCCAUUAUCGUCAUCUCUUCUACCCAUAAUCCACCUUGUGAAGAAAACCCCUAGCAAUAUAUCGUGAGUGUCAUGCUGACUGCAGUCUUUGAGCGGCUAUGUCCGGGAACACAUGGUGGUAUUGAGAAUUUAAUGAGGCAUUUCUGAAGGGGGCAUUACUCAAUUACUGUAAGUGCUGUGUCUGGAUCAGAUCCCACUCUCACCGGCGUUCAGGCGUUAGCGGAGUGGAGGACACAAACAACAUGCGAGACAGAAAUCUGUCUGAUUAAUGUCAAAUGGCUUGUCCUGCUGUUUGAAGGUGGGCCAGAGGACUGACUGUUUGUGUGUGUGUGUGUGUGUGUGUGUGUGUGGCCACAAGGUUUUUCACGUUCACUCAUCUGUUUUUGAAGUGCAAGGUCAUUGCGCAUCAUAACAGAAGGAAACAAGCUCAGGAUACCCAUGCAGCGUGCGGCGUGUCUUAUGUGGACAUUUGAAACGAAUGCAGAAUAUAACAAUAUGAGAACCUCAUGAUUUGAGCGUGUGCAGGGCUCUCAGCUCUGUUAUAGGAAACAGUCUAUCUGCGUCAGUUGUUUUUUUUUUUUUUUAAUAAAUGCUUUUAAACAGAAACAUACCCUGUAUAGUCACAAGUUGUUUCUGUGGAGAAAGUUGUGGCACACUAAAGAUUAUUCUUCCUGUUUGUGAGAAUAUGUGCUGACUCUGCUUGUAGGCUGAGAGAGCUAAAUGAGGAAUGAAGCAUGAGGAAGGGCAGCAGAGGGUCGAUGUGUCCUGUUUGGUUUGUCAGCGCUGCUUUCAGCUGACUCAAACAAUAUUUGAUAUUCAAUCUUCAACCCAUGUUACGUAACCCUUACCUAUCCACUAUUGCCUGACUCGUGAGAUCUUCUGUAUGAGUAAAACUGGCCAGAAGUACAAUCGCUUGUCACCGGAGAAGGGAGUACAAUCCCGGCCUAAAUUCAGCUUGUACUGUCUGUACUCAGUCGGAGUUGGAAUUGUGUUUCAUGCAAGUGAAAUUUCUGAUGGAGAAUAUGAGAUUCUGUUAUAAUGCCAAAUCUUUAAUCAGAUCUUUUUUUUAUUUUAUUUUUUACAGAUUUUAAUAACUUAAGAAAGAAUAACACAUGCAAAGAUUGUAAUGAUGCCAGCAAGCUCCAAAACAUCAAAUUUUAACGCUGUAAUAUCUCUCAAAGGAAGAUCCUCAAACUGCUCAAGCGCUGCUGUUUUGCCAACAACAUAUCCAAUUAUGCCAUCUUGAUCCGUUCUCCCUCCAGCCGUUUGAUUUUAUCCACAUUUGCUUAAAAUUUGGAAAUGUGUAUUUAAAAUAUUGUUUUUCCAAGACCCAAUUCAUACUUUAAUACAAAAAUAGUACUCACUCUUUCUCUUUCCCGAUCAUCCUCUCACCUUCAGCAAAAAGAUUGACUGUUUUAUUAUAAUCUUAAUGCCUUAAAUCACUGUGGUGUCAGACUAGACAAUUUAAAACACUAAAUGAAGAGCUUCUGAUGGCAUUCACCACAACAAGCUCUGAAGUGAUAAUACAUGGAAGUAGCCUCAGGGCAUAAAAAUACCCUUUGGAGCCCACUUAAAGUGGACACUUCAUAAACUACUGCAGCUUUUAUCACUUUUCCACGAGUUUUACUUUGAUAAUUUUGUAGGUGCUGUUUGGGAAUAUGACCGUCAUGAGUAAAGUGCUGGAGAUGUAAAAGGCAAGAUAAUCAGAGAGACCAGAGGAAUUAAUUUGUUCGCAGGGGUCACCAAACUCAAGCUCAACGCUCACUAGAUCUUUGAUUCUAUAACUCUGACACGGCCUAUUUCCCACAGAAGUUUUGGGUUUACAUCUAAGGAGAAAACAGACCAAUUUGCUGCUAUAUAUUUUUCAAGCUAUUCCCAAAUGAUUGUACUGAACUCAGAGCAAAAAAAGAUUACUGUUGGGAUAUUUAAGGAAGCAGGUAUUUAAGAUGACCUGUCGGGUGCAUAGGGGAGAGUGGGGUAAGAUGAGCCAUUUUUCAUAUUUCAGAUCACUACACCAAAGCAGUCAUAAUUUCAUCUCUAACUAGUUAAUUUGCAUUUAUUUCAAGAUGUUGUGCAUCCCUGCAAACCAACAGAAUGAUUGUAAACAUAACUGUCUUGAUAAUAUAGCAUGCCAAAAAAAGGGGUCUCCUAUGGUCAACUUAGGAGCGGGGUAAGUUGAGCCGUAUCCCUACUACCCCACACUC